CCACUAUCCGGAUCCCCGGAUGUACGGAGCCAAUCGGAUGUGAGCUUCUGAUUCUGUCUUCCCAACUGUCCAGAUGCGGCUUAUGAUAGCCAGAGCAAUGAGGGACAACAGUGCAGUUUUCAUGCUGUUCAUUGUUUGAAUGUGUCUUUCAAAGACUGACACCGCCAAAGGAUGGAUCCUGUAGUGCUGAGCUACCAGGACAGCCUGCUGCGGCGCUCCGACGUGUCCUUACUGGAGGGCCCCUACUGGCUCAACGACCAGGUCAUCGGUUUUGCCUUCGAAUACUUUGCCAACGAGCGCUUCAGAGUCCUGGGCGACGCAGCCAUCUUCAUUAGCCCGGAGGUCACCCAGUUCAUCAAGUGCGCCUCCUGUCCUGACGAGCUGGCCCUCUUCCUGGAGCCGCUGGAUCUCCCGUCCCGCCGCUGGGUCUUCCUGGCCGUCAACGACAACUCCAACCAGACGGCCGGCGGCUCCCACUGGAGCCUCCUGCUCUACCGCCGCAGCUCCAAUCACUUCGCACACUAUGACUCUCAGAACGGCAGCAACUCGCUGCACGCGCGGCGCAUCGCCAGCAAGCUGGAGCCCUUCCUCGGCGCCGGCAGGAAGGCGCUGUUCGUGGAGGAGCCGUGCCCGUCGCAGCAGAACAGCUACGACUGCGGCAUGUACGUCAUCUGCAUCGCCGAGGCCUUGUGCGAGAAGGUCAGGCUGGAGGGCUCGCCCCGCCUCCCUGUGCAAAUCAUCACCCCAGCCUACAUCACCCAGAAGCGGGCCGAGUGGUGCAGACUGAUCCAGAGUCUGGCUCAGAACGACCUCUGCUGCUCCCUGUCUUUCACCUAGCUCGUAUGCUAGAACAGCGCCCCCUUUCCUUCCCUGUCCCCCGCCACCGUAUCUACUGCUGGAGAAACAGAAUGCACUCCCCGCAUACCAGUAUAUAACUACAUAUUUAUUAUAUUUCCCUGACAGUCAAAGUUUAAAAAUGAAGAGGCGGUGUGAUGUUUUUCCAGUGUAUAUGCACAGCAAUGUACCAUAUGUAAACGACACCAGCAUGCCUAUAAACCUAAAAACGUGUACAUGCUUUGUGAGCUUGGAGAAUGUGGAACAGGAAGCACUGAAUCUUUUCUCUUGUUUGGUGUGCAGCGAAUGUAGAAAUGUUUACACAGAUCAUUGCUCAGGGUCAUUUUAAAUGAACUGAAUUGACUAUAAGAAUGUGAAUACAAACUCUGGCUCCUGCAUCUUGUCUCGUUGUUAUUGUGCUCCUGUUUUUGUUUUUGUUCUUUUUUUUUCCCAGCAGUUUCAACAGCAUUUCUGUCUCUACACCUGAUGUAGAUGUCGGACAGAAGUAUUUUGUGCCACUGAGUGUGUGUCUGUGUUUUUUUUUUUUUUUUUUUGGAACAAAGGGCAAUGUUGAGUGGAGUUAUGUAUGUUAUGUUCUCCAAUAGUAUCUCACAUGGAGUCUGAUCUGAUAAGUGUGGCAGUCGUCACAUUUUUGUGGACAGAAAAGGCGCUGUAAAAAUCGCUCUGUGGUUUUUAUUUGACAUGCCAGCUGCCUAUUUUUUUCUUUGUUUCUGUUAUUAAAACUUGUUUGGCUGCAGAAUGAUCUGACUUA